AUGGAGGAAGACGAACGGCGGUUGUCUUUCCCGCCGCCGGCGCCGCUGAACUCGCCCGGGGAAGAGAUCGAUGGCUCGCGGCUGCUUGGCGAGAUCGUGCGCACGCUAGAGGCAACGAACCCGGAGGCAGCUGCACCUCUGGCUGCCUCGCAGUCGCGCGAUGCGCUGGCCACAGAAUGCGAGAAGCCGCGGCGGGACGAGUUGCGGAUCCCGCUCGACGUCACGUUCGCGAGUGAAACAGUGGGCGGGCGUGAUGAGCCGCGGGCCGUUGUCACGCCGUUCACGCGCGAAUCGGCGAAGCGCGCUGGCUCGCGGGGAGCACAGCUUGUGCGAGAGUUCGGAUUCAUGCCGCGACGCCGGCUUAGUGUCGAAGACGGUGCGCGUCUACCGCGGAAGUACGAGCCCUUUCCGCCGAAACUAUAUGGACGACCCCUGGAAGAGAUUGACAAUUUCAUUUAUGAUGAGACAUUUUGUGUGGUGUCGAAGCGGUUCCGUAAGAACUACAUUCACCGCUUCACGGCGACGAGGUCUCUGUUCUGGUGGUCGCCAUGGUCCCCGGUGCGGCGCGCGUGCGUCUACCUCUCCACUAAUCAGUACUUCGAUUAUUUCGUCAUGGCGACUAUUCUGCUCAACUGUGUCUUCCUUGCCAUGUCGGAGACGAUCGAAGAGGCUGAGUACAUAUUUUUGGCGAUAUACACGGCGGAAAUGAUAAUCAAAUGCAUUGCGAAAGGUUUCAUACUCAAUAAGUACACCUACUUGCGGAACCCCUGGAACUGGCUGGACUUCGUCGUCAUCACAUCAGGUUACGCCACGAUUGGCAUGGAGGUUGGCAACCUUGCCGGAUUGAGAACCUUCAGGGUACUAAGAGCACUGAAGACUGUUUCUAUAAUGCCUGGUUUAAAGACUAUCAUCAACGCACUUUUGCACUCGUUCAAACAACUAGCGGAGGUCAUGACUUUGACUAUCUUCUGCCUGAUGGUGUUCGCGCUGUUCGCUCUGCAGGUCUACAUGGGAGAGUUGAGAAACAAGUGUGUGAAGAAUCUCGUUGUUAAGCCUGGCGAAAACUUCUCUGAUGAACUAUGGUUACAGUGGAUAAGAGAGCCAUCUAAUUGGAUGGUAAAUGAAGAAGAAGUGCCUAUUAUUUGUGGUAACCUGACAGGAGCGCGGCAUUGUCCUCCAGAAUACACCUGUUUAUGCGUGGGGCCGAACCCAAAUCAUGGCUACACGAACUUUGAUAAUUUUUUGUGGUCUAUGCUCACUACCUUUCAACUUAUAACCUUGGACUACUGGGAAAAUGUGUAUAACAUGGUGCUGUCUUCGUGUGGUCCGAUGUCCGUGUCGUUUUUUACGGUAGUCGUCUUCUUCGGCUCCUUCUACCUUAUCAACCUGAUGCUAGCUGUGGUAGCGCUCAGCUAUGAAGAGGAAUCGCAGAUUACGCAAGAGGAACGCAAGAAGGACCUGAAUGAACAUCGGGACGAUUCCACAUUCAGUUUCGAUCCCACCUCGUUGGCAGUACGGGCUCUAGCUAAGGAUUCUAAAAAGCGUAUUGACGCCCGAAAGGGACUUUUAUUAGCCUCCUACUCGAGAAAGAGAACAAGAAGACGCAAGAGGGGCAAAAACGCUUUACACCAUAUAGCGGCAGUCACAGCUGUUUCAGAAAGUUCAAGGUCCAGGUCACGGUCAGUGACCCCGAGUGGCUCACCACCUCCUCCACUAGUGCCCCCUCAGCCGCCACCACCGCAUACAUUACAUCCUGACAAUGCUUUAGGUCGCGGGGCAUUAAGUGUAGCUGGUCGUCAGUUAAGUGACCAUAGCAACAACCGGGAAUCAUCACUCGACGACUCAGGUGUAGUGGAUGACCACGAUGAUGGUGAACAUACUUCUGAUGAUCAAGCUCCGCAUCCGCAUCCACGGCGCACGCAUCUGCUGCCACCGCCACUUCUGCCUCCGCAUCCACCAACGCCACUACCUCAAAUUCCUCAAAUUCAACAAGACAGCCAAUUGCAGGAAACAACUCAAAGUAAUGGUUCCAAAAGUAAUAAGCGCACUGAAAAAACAAAAAAGAAAGAGGAAAAGGGAAGCAUCCAAGAAAAAUACCCCCUAAAUCCUGAUUACCUCAAUCAGAUUGUGGUGCUAGAUGAACUUGUGGAUAGAAAUUGCGAGUGCUGCGUUUCUUGCUGCAUAGACUACGAGGGUUGGUUACAGUUCCAGAACUGCUUAUAUGGGAUUGUGAAAGAUCCAUUAUUUGAAUUGUUCAUAACUACAUGUAUAGUAUUAAAUACACUUUUCCUUGCUCUGGAACAUCACGGAAUGAGUGAAAAUGUUAGGCAAGCUUUAGAUAUAGGAAAUAAGGUUUUCACUUCAAUAUUUACAUUAGAAUGUAUUAUGAAAGUGAUGGCAAUGAGUAAGGAUUUCUUUUCUUGUGGAUGGAAUAUUUUUGAUCUGAUAAUCGUAUCUGCAAGUCUUCUGGACCUUAUAUUUGAACUUGUUGAUGGUUUAUCCGUUUUAAGGGGCCUUCGUUUGUUACGAGUGUUAAAGUUAGCUCAGUCAUGGACUACAAUGAAAGUGUUGUUAAGUAUAAUUAUAUCGACUAUAGGUGCUCUUGGUAAUUUAACUUUCGUUUUAGUGAUAGUUAUUUAUAUUUUUGCUGUUAUCGGCAUGCAACUAUUUUCUAAGUCAUACACUCCUGAGAAGUUUGAUCCAGACCCUGUGCCCAGGUGGAACUUCAAUGAUUUUUUUCACUCAUUCAUGAUGAUAUUCCGAAUCCUGUGUGGCGAGUGGAUCGAACCACUAUGGGAUUGCAUGCGUGCUGAAGAAGCAAGUGGCGCAGAAAGCUGUUUCUUUAUUUUCCUACCUGCACUUGUAAUGGGAAACUUUAUGGUGCUCAACCUCUUCCUUGCCUUGCUGCUUAACAGCUUUAACAGUGAAGAACUCAAAAAUAAAAAAGAGGAAGUUGGUGAGGACUCAAAAUUAGCUAAAAGUUUUGAUAGAAUACGUUCUAUAGUUAGAAAAAAAGGUUUCCUUAUAUCUAGGAGUAAAGAGACUGAAAAAAAAUCUAAGUUAGAAGAGCUCGUUAAUGAAAUCAUGAUACAACAACGCGCAAUGAAGGAAAAGGAAGCGUCUAUACCUAGCGAGCGAAAGUUCUCUUCAUCAGUGCAAGAGAAUAUACUUUUUCCUCAUGACAAUAUAUAUAGUCACAGUUAUCAGGAAGCAUUAAAUAGGCCAAUAUCGGUAGGCUCUGACUUCGCAUAUCCACAAUUUUAUCAGGGUGGAAAUAAUUUGAAUCACGGCAGUCAAGAAACUUUGAAAGAUGUACGUGAUUUAGCAACAGAAUAUAAAAUAACAAGUAUAAGAGAGGAUUCUAAAGAAAAUUUAGAUGAAACCUCGUCUAUAACGGAAAAAGUUAUUGCACAACGAUUACUAAAUCAAUCGUCAUCGGGUUAUCAUACACAACCUUCAGAUUCAAAAGAUGAAAAUGAACAAUAUGAAAUGGCUCAAAUAUCUUGUCGAACUACACCAGAUAAAUCUAGGACACAAGGAAAGGAACUACAAAGUAUUUUAAAUAGGGAAACAUCAAAAAGGACAGAUGAAGAAGACAUGAAACGUCCAUGGCAAACUUUGGUAUCAUAUGUAGAUGAACUAACAAUAGGUGGGAGAAAAAACUCCAAGGGUCAAUAUAUAGAUGCUAUGGGAAAUUUUCCUGGCUUUGGUAAACGAAAAGAACCAAAAGUGCCACAAGAUUGUUUUCCUCGUCAGUGUUACACCGCGUGUUCAUGUUGGGAUGCUUGCAUACAAACUAAGCUUGGUCAACGAUGGAUGUUUAUUCGUACUUUUAUUUUACGAUAUGUUGAUACACCAGCAUUUGAAUGGUUUGUCCUAGUUUUGAUUUUUGCGUCUAGUAUAACCCUAUGCUUCGAAGAUAUCCACCUAGAAAAAAAUAUACCAUUGAAAAAAAUACUCUAUUGGACCAACUUAGGUUUCUGCUUGAUCUUCGUGAUUGAAAUGUUUCUGAAAUGGAUAGCUUUGGGCUUCUUCAGAUAUUUUACAAGUUUUUGGACGCUUUUAGACUUCACUAUAGUUUUUGUUUCAGUAUUCAGUUUGUUGAUAGAAGAAAACGAAAACCUGAAAGUUCUCAGAUCUUUAAGAACUUUACGAGCACUGAGACCUCUUCGGGCGAUAUCACGAUGGCAAGGAAUGCGAAUAGUAGUAAACGCAUUGAUGUACGCAAUCCCAAGCAUUUUUAAUGUCUUACUCGUGUGUCUAGUAUUUUGGUUAAUUUUCUCGAUAAUGGGUGUUCAGUUUUUUGGUGGGAAGUUUUUUAAGUGCGUCGAUGACGAAGGAGAAUUAUUGCCAUUGGAGGUAGUGAACGACAAAUGGGAGUGUUAUUAUAAUAACUUUUCUUGGGUCAAUUCCAAGAUAUCUUUUGAUCAUGUAGGGAUAGCGUACUUAGCUCUUUUUCAAGUAGCAACAUUCGAAGGUUGGAUGGAAGUAAUGGCAGAUGCUGUGGACGCAAGAGGAGUUGAUUUGCAACCAGCUAGAGAAGCCAAUCUUUAUGCAUAUAUAUAUUUUGUUAUUUUCAUUGUAUGUGGCUCAUUCUUUACUUUAAACUUAUUCAUAGGAGUCAUAAUUGACAAUUUUAAUAUGCUCAAGAAAAAGUAUGAAGGGGGUGUUUUGGAGAUGUUCCUUACGGAAAGCCAAAAACAUUACUAUACUGCUAUGAAGAAGUUAGGAAGAAAAAAACCACAAAAAGUAAUAAAACGGCCGAGAAACCAGUUCCUUGCUAUGUUCUAUGAUCUAUCAAACUCCCGCCGAUUUGAAAUAGCAAUAUUUGUUCUCAUAUUUCUUAAUAUGCUUACAAUGGGGAUAGAACAUUAUGACCAACCACAUUCGGUUUUCUUUGUUUUAGAAGUUAGUAACGCAUUUUUUACGACAGUUUUUGGUUUAGAGGCAAUAGUUAAAAUCGUCGGUCUGCGAUACCAUUAUUUCACAGUACCGUGGAAUGUUUUCGAUUUUCUUCUUGUUUUAGCUUCUAUUUUAGGCAUUCUUAUGGAGGACAUAAUGAUCGACCUCCCUAUAUCUCCCACAUUACUGAGGGUAGUUCGUGUUUUUCGAAUUGGGAGAAUUUUAAGACUGAUUAAAGCCGCUAAGGGUAUUAGGAAACUUCUAUUUGCAUUAGUAGUAUCUCUCCCAGCUCUUUUUAAUAUAGGUGCCUUGCUUGCAUUAAUAACUUUCAUAUAUGCAAUUAUCGGUAUGUCAGUCUUCGGUCACGUCAAAGAACAAGGUGCUUUGGACGAUAUCGUCAACUUUCAAACCUUUGGUAGAAGUAUGCAGUUACUUUUUCGCCUUAUGACUUCAGCUGGUUGGAAUGAUGUACUUGAAUCACUAAUGAUUCAACCUCCUGACUGUGAAUUAGGAGAUAUAGGCCACAGCAAUGGAAACUGCGGAAGCCCACUUUUAGCUAUAACCUAUUUCACAUCAUUCAUCAUCAUAAGUUACAUGAUUGUGAUAAACAUGUACAUCGCCAUCAUCCUUGAGAAUUUCAAUCAAGCACAUCAAGAAGAAGAAAUCGGUAUUGUAGAAGACGAUCUUGAAAUGUUUUACAUUAGAUGGUCUAAAUAUGAUCCACAUGCAACGCAAUUUAUAAGUUUUGCUCAACUGUCAGAUUUUAUAGCGUCUCUAGAUCCUCCUUUAGGUAUAUCCAAGCCAAAUACGGUGGCAUUAGUUAGUUUUAAUCUUCCUAUUGCGAGGGGUAACAAGAUCCAUUGUCUAGAUAUCCUUCAUGCGUUAGUUAAACAUGUAUUAGGACAUGUAGAAGAAACAGAAACGUUUAGACAAUUGCAAGAACAAAUGGAUAUAAAGUUUAAGAAACAAUUUCCAACGCGAAAAGAGUUAGAGAUAGUGUCUUCCACUAGGAUAUGGAAAAGAGAAGACAAAGCAGCGAGAACAAUACAACGGACAUGGAGAGAAUAUGUAAAGCGUAAGAAUCGAAGUCCGUCAAUCGAGGAGGAGAGCACUAAGUGGUCACCUGGAGGUGGCUGGGGCGGUCGAUUAAGCGCCUUGCUGCACGUUCGAAGAGGGUCACAUGCUUCCAGUAGAAAAUCUUCUAGAGCCUCUGAUGCUUCAGAUUUGAGCGAGUUGGGAGGAGCUUGGCUUAACCUGCCCCUUCUUUUAUUGCCAGGCGCUGCCCCUGGUGAACAGCCAUGUGGAUCGGAGACGGCACCCCCGCGGCGAAGAUCUGCUUACGGUUUGCCUCUAUUUCUACGCCAUCAGGACGCUGUUGACGAAGAUAUCGGUCCGAAACGUGCAGGCUCACUUCGCUUGAUGUCGCGACGGAGUUCGGCACGGAGAGCGACGACCCCUGUCCGUGCGCGUACGCCUUCUCCACACGCCAAUAGUUCAGUCAGCAUUCUUGUCACUGAAGCUUCUCCAGACGCGGCCCCUCCUCCUGCAGCGCCACCUACAGUAGUCCGAGUCUUAGUUCACCGAGAAAGUGACGAACAACCCAGCUGA